AUGGUAUUAUGUUGUUGGAGUUCUGGACCGGUUAUAGAAGAAGGCAGAAAGUCGACGGUUUUUAAGGGUUCGAUGGGCGCGGCUGCUUGCAGGAGAGCGUGCCAAAAUGGCGGCAAGAGGUGCGUCGCAAUGCAUGACGGGACGACUGCGCCGGGAGUUUGCUAUUUAUUCACCAAGGAUGGGAGCGGCCUCGCAGGCGUCAAGGGAGUGCAGGACUAUGCGGGAAAGCCUUACUUUAAAGCAAAGAACAUCUUCAGGAACACCACGAUCUUCGAGGAUGAAGAAUGCGAGGAAGUAUGCGACAAACUCAAGAGAGAUAAAGAAAUACGAGGCAAAUGCAAAUACUUCUUCGAUGGCGACGGGUCCGUGUGCUACGCUUUUGCCAAUCGUUGUAGUAAACGGUCCCCCACGGCUGCCCAGGAGUGUAGAGGUUGUAAGGUUUUCGGUAGAAGGAAACGCCAGGGAAAGAGCAGACAGUUAAAGGGCAAAGGCAGGGCAAAGGGCAAACGUGGAAAAGGUAAAGGUAAAGGUAAAGGUAAAGGUAAAGGAAAGAGGAAAGUUAAAGGGAACGGCAAGGGAAAAGGAAAGGGGAACGGCAAGGUGAAAGGAAAGGGGAACGGCAAGGUGAAAGGAAAAGGAAGAAAAAAAGGGAGACGGAAAGUGAAAGCGAAAAGGCGUAAGGGAACGAGCACGGGCACCGUCCAGGGCAACACUAAUACAGGCUAAGAAGUUUAGCUUUGAGGAGGUUAUACAACGCAUUGAAAGGUCGUCAACCCAAUGGAUAUUGAACAUCCAGUUUGAGUUGAAUACCUAAGUCUGUUUAGAAGGACACUACGACAGCAUAGAGACCUACGUUUUCACAUGUAUCUUUAAUUUAUGCUUGGUGACAUGAAGAACAAACAAGUCUCUUCCAAAGAGUGGGCUGCAUACGAUUCACGAUGUCAUUUUUCACCCUCGGUUAAUGCCAGAUGAUUUCAAGCUCAAGUCAACGAGAAUGCUCGUGAGAAGUGACAAGUGAAUCGUGACAACAGAAAUCCUAUGUAAACCCCCGAGACCAUCGAAUGAAUUUGGAUGUUUCCUAACGUUGAUAACCACUAUGAAAUAUUGCAGUCGAUGUGAAUCUAUGGCGGCAGCACCAAUGCAUAACUCGAUAAAUGGACAAAUCCAUUGUCCUGCGAUCUGUACUAUCCUUGGAUGAGUACCUUUAUAACCAGCAAUCAGGUUGUUCCAUCGUCUGUCCUGUAUUACCUUCAGAUAGCCCUUAGGUUCCAGGGCCACCAUUGAGUGGCUUGCCAAUCCGCUCGAAUAACUCAAUAUUGGCAACGGAUUCACACUCAACCACGUAUUCACAUACAACAGCAGUAGCACACACAACAGAUUCACACACAACUGCAAUUGCACAUUGCGGAUUCACACAAAGCUGAAACGGCACACAAUCAACGAUUCACACACAACCACAUUCCCCAAUAGAUCGCCAGUGCUAGAGUGGGGGAGUGAAUUCCGAUAGCAACAGCCCCGCCAGCAUCCAGAAUUGAGGGGUGGAAGGUGGGCAUCACAGCCCCCUUAAAAACGUUUGAGAAACGAUUCGGGUGAGUCUAUUGUGUUCCCAAACCAGGCUGGGACAACAUGACAAGCUGUAAUCGCGCAAAGACGUUGAUUCUCAGAUGUCCCUACCUUUCCUUUUUGUAGUUUGUUACCUACCUGACCAGGUUCUUCCACAUUUGAUCAGUAUCCGCUCAUCCGACAAGAAGGCAUGGUGACGAAUGGGGCGAUCGGUCAUGCCCGCCAUUUUGAAGAAAAACAGUGCUGCAUUUCGGUCAAGCAAGAAGACGGGAAGCGCAUAUUGGUUGAGAGAAGCUAAAAUAGCGGCUACAAUAUAUCGUCUUGUUCGUCCCAGUGAGACCAGCUGGAACUAACAGACU